AUGGUUGUAAAGGGUGAGGUGGAUUCCCAUGUAACGGAGCCGGAGAGCUUCGGGGAGAUGGACUCAGCAUGGACCCCCACUGUCCUCCUGGUGCCCUGCGCGGUCCUGCUAACAGCUGGAUUUUUCUACCUCUAUGGUGUAAUUAUGGGACUGUUGUCCAAAACAUCAGUACGCAACAAGGUGGUGGUUAUAACUGAUGCUUUAUCCGGGCUUGGAAAAGAGUGCGCAGGUGUGUUUCACAAAGGAGGCGCGAGGCUGAUCUUCUGCGGGAAAAGCUGGGAGAAACUCAAAGAGCUCGCAGCACCGACACAGGAGAGGGAGUGGGCUGGAGGAACGUUUCCUCCUAAGCUGGUGCUGCUGGAUUUUGGAGAUAUGGACAGUAUGCCUGAGGCAGAGAUCCUGGACUGUUACGGCUGCCUGGAUAUUAUUAUCUUCAACAGCAGCAUGAAGGUGAAAGCUCCUGCGCAGAGUCUGUCGCUGGAGGUGGACAAACUACUGAUGGACAACAACUACUUUGGGCCUGUCACUCUGGCUAAAGGUGUGCUGCCCUCCAUAAUCUCCAGGAGAAGCGGUCACCUGCUGCUAGUUAACAGCAUCCAAGGGAGACUGACCGUGCCUUUUCACACUACCUAUGCAGCCUCUAAACAUGCUGUCCAGGCCUUCUUCGACUGCCUGAGAGCUGAGGUGGAGGAGUACGGCAUCUCCGUGAGCACCAUCAGCCACACCUUCAUCAGCUGCUCCGCGCCUGGAGCCGCAGCCGCCUCCAAGUCCCCGUGGUCGUUGCUGUACACUAAGAAGCCCCUCGGCGUUUCUCCGGAUGAAGCCGCCACGGAGAUCGUGAAGACUUUAAACAACAAGAGGAAAGAGGUGGUGAUUGCACCAUCGCUCCCCAAGGUGGCCGUUUACGCCCGAUCUUUCUUCCCCAACAUGUUCUUCGCUUGUUGUGACUAG